AUGCCUUACCCUGAAGAAGCCGAAGGUUUCCAGGUCGAUGGACCUGCGAGCUUCACCCAGUUCCACAAGCGCUUCUUCAAGCUGAAGCCAUUUGGCGACUAUGAUGUCGAUGUUAAGAUUGAGGCCUGUGGCGUGUGUGGUAGCGAUGUGCACACCAUCAGUGGAGGAUGGGGUGAACAGAAGUUCCCUCUCUGUGUGGGUCACGAGAUCAUUGGCCGCGCAAUUCGUGUCGGCCCCAAGGUCACUUUGAUCAAGGAAGGCGAGCGAGUCGGAGUCGGCGCGCAGUCCUACUCCUGCGGCGAGUGCAAGCAAUGCAAGAACGAGAACGAGACAUACUGCCAGGUGCAGAUGAUGGACACCUAUGGCUCAGAGUGGCCCGAGACCGGGAUUGUCAGCCAGGGCGGAUACUCGUCGCACGUGCGGACACACGAGCACUGGGUGUUCCCGAUCCCGGACGCUCUGGAGAGCAACACCGUGGCCCCGAUGCUGUGCGCCGGAUUGACUGCGUACUCGCCCUUGGUUCGCAAUGGUGCCGGGCCGGGUAAGAAGGUUGGAAUCGUGGGACUGGGUGGCAUUGGUCACUUUGGAGUCAUGUUUGCUAAGGCGCUGGGCGCGGAGACGUGGGCUAUUUCGCGGUCUCGGGCUAAGGAGGCGGAUGCGCUCAAGCUCGGCGCCGAUGGAUACAUUGCUACUGCUGAGGAGGGAUGGGAGAAGGCCCAUCUAUGCUCGUUUGAUUUGAUUAUCAACUGCGCUAACUCUUCUAAGGGCUUUGACCUUGCGCGCUAUUUGUCCAUGAUGGAUGUCCACGGUCGCUGGAUUAGUGUCGGUCUGCCUGAGGAGGAGGGUCAGGUUAUCAAGGCCCAGAACUUGAUUUCUAACGGCGUUCUCAUUGGCGCAAGUCACUUGGGUAGCCGUCGGGAGAUGCUUGAGAUGUUGCAGCUGGCUGCGGAUCGGGGACUCAAGGGAUGGGUGGAGGAGAUUGCUAUUGGAGAGGAAGGUCUCAAGGAAGCCAUGGAGCGCAUGAAGAAGGGAGAUGUUCACUAUCGGUUCACGUUGACCGGUUACGAGAAGAUCUUCGGUUGA